AUGUAUAUUAUAUCUCAUUUUAUCUUAUUAACAGCUCGUAGUGACUGCAAAUGCAAUCAACUAGAGGAUAUUGUAGCCAGACAACAGAAGUUUUGCGAGGAGCUAAUUGCAAGGCAGGAAACUAUGUACAUGGAGAUGAUAGCCAGACAAGAAAAUUUGUGGGAGGGAAUGCUAAGCAGGCAACAACUGUUGGAGGAAAAAGUAGAGCAAUUAUUGGCAAGGUCAACUACACAGUCAGCCGCACCACAACCGCCAGCGCCGAAACCAGUAUCGUCGCUGCUUCUUGCACCAACACCGAAGCUAGUACCGAAUGCAAGUGGCAUUGUAAUGAUCGGGGUCACGAAACAAGGAAAAGUACAGGAGGAGUUGACCAGAAAACGGCAGAGAAAAUGGAUAGAAAAUCUGUGUCGGUCCGACAUCAAGGAGUCGAGCUACCCAAACAUUCGCGUGUGUAGCGAUGACUUCGUGAGCGGAAAACCGUCAUAUAUUUAUGACGAAACAAACAUAGAUUGGGCUCCAACACUCAAGAUGGGACAUGAAAAUAUCUCAGAAACAUCCAUCAAGCUCUCUAUUGAGCGCAGCAAACGUUUAAGGGACCGAAAAUCCAGAGGACGGUGUAUAAGUGCAGCUAGUGGUGUCGGUGAUGGUGAAAUAAUUGAUGAUGCAUUUCCUGGUGCUGAAACUGACAGUAGUAUGGAAACUUUUGAAACUGACUCAGCAACAGGAACCAUGAACCAAGAGUGCCAGACAGAAUUGUCAGUAGCUGAAAUCAGCACACUUCAGAACAACCUACAAAAAGCUCAGGAUGAAAUCUACAGUCUUCGCAAGAAAGUUGCAGAUUUGACCUUAAAUGUGGACUUGUUCAAAAACGACAGUAACAAAGUGCGGUAUUUCACAGGUCUUCCUGAUUUUAAUAUCCUGAUGGCUGUAUACAACUUUGUAGCUCCAAGUGUUGCAAGAACACAUAACAAUGUUUUAACAAAAUUUCAGGAGCUAUUGAUCGUGCUAAUGUGCUUGAGAUUGAAUGCCUCAUUCCAGGACUUGGCAUACAGAUUUUCGAUAUCUGUAUCUACUACGAGCCGCAUUUUUUAUCGUUGGCUGCCAGUUAUGGAUGUUAGGUUAUCUCAUUUGAUUCAUUGGCCUGAAAGGGAGUGCCUGCAAAAACUAUGCCAAUUUCCUUUAGACAGUCAUUUGGUAAGAAAGUGGCUGUAAUUAUAGAUUGUUUUGAAGUUUUUAUUGACAGGCCAUCCACUUUAUCAGCUCGCGCUAUGACCUGGUCUAGUUACAAGCACCAUAAUACAGUUAAGUUUCUCAUUGGUAUCACUCCACAGGGUGUUAUUUCAUUUAUAUCGAAUUCAUGGGGCGGCCGUGUUAGUGAUAAACAUAUUACUGAGAAUUGUUCUCUCCUGAAUAACCUGCUCCCUGGUGAUCUAGUGCUAGCAGACAGGGGCUUUGAUAUUGCAGACAGUGUUGGUUUUGUUUGUGCCAAGCUAGCUAUACCAGCAUUUACUCGAGGCAAAAGCCAACUCUCUGCUUUAGAAGUAGAGGAAACUAGGAAAAUUGCUAAUGUCCGAAUUCAUGUAGAGAGAGUGAUUGGACUUGUUCGUAGGAAAUAUAGGAUUUUCCAAGCAACGUUGCCCAUCGAAACUGUUAUAUGUAGGGAGGGACAAGAUGAUCCUGCUAUAGAUAAGAUUGCCAGAAUAUGUUGUGCAUUGAGAAAUUUGUCUGAAUCACUUGUGCCAUUUGAGUAAUGUACCACCCACCUGCAUAUGAAUUUACAAUCUACAUUUAGAUGACUGGGUACUGCAAUUAAUGAACCAGACCGCUGCAAUUUCUGCUUAACACCAGUACAGUAUUGUAAAUAUGCUAUUGGCUGUAAUGCCACAAAGUGAUUUUGUAAAUAAAUAUAGUACUAAGUGUUUAAAGAAAUUGAGAUUUCUGUUACUUGUGUGUGAACAGCAAA